CGUGGAUGAGCUCGAAAUUCACGUCUUAUUUGCAGAGAGAGAAAGCACAGCGGAAGGAGCGACUCCCCUCGCCUUUCUCCCGACAUUUCAUUGGCCGCUUUGGCUGUCGCGGGCUUUCUUUUUCUUCGCGGACAACGUUCGUACACACAAACGGCAAGUUUUGUUGCAGUUACAAUCUAUCUAAACAAUGGCAAGAGCUGUGUUCAAAUUUUCCCGCCUGCUGCAAAGGGAAAUUGACCAAACAUCAACGGCACUACUGCGUGGACGUUCGCAAACAAGAUGCUAUGGGGUGGACAAAAGAAUUACUGUCGCAAAUCCUGUGGUCGAGCUUGACGGUGAUGAGAUGACCAGGAUUAUAUGGGAGAGAAUCAAGGAAAAGCUGAUCUUCCCAUUCUUAAAGCUGGAAUGCAUUUACUUCGAUCUUGGCCUGCCCAACAGAGAUAAGACAGACGACCAGGUGACAUUUGACUCUGCCUACGCAAUCCAGAAACAUAAUGUGGGCAUCAAGUGUGCGACUAUAACUCCAGAUGAAGCAAGAGUUGAAGAGUUCGACCUGAAGAAGAUGUACCCUAGUCCAAAUGGAACAAUCAGAAACAUCCUCGGGGGCACUGUGUUUCGUGAACCCAUUCUCUGCAAGAACAUUCCUCGUCUUGUGCCUGGAUGGACUCAGCCUAUUGUAAUUGGGAGGCAUGCCUUCGGAGACCAAUACAAGGCAAUGGACCGCACGGUCAACAACAUAGGCAAAGUGGAGCUGGUGUUCACGCCAGCUGACGGUAGCGAGAAGCAGCGCCACGUGGUGUUUGACUUCAAGGAUUCCGGAGGUGUAACCAUGGCCAUGUACAACACGGAUGAGUCCAUCGUUGGGUUUGCUCACAGCUGCUUUGAGUAUGCACUCAUGAAGGAGUGGCCUCUCUACCUUAGCACCAAAAACACCAUCCUAAAACACUAUGAUGGGCGCUUCAAGGACAUCUUCCAGGACAUCUAUGAAAAAGAGUACAGAGCAAGAUUCGAAGCAAAGAAAAUGUGGUACGAGCACAGACUCAUCGACGAUAUGGUCGCACAGGUCCUCAAGUCAUCAGGAGGCUUUGUUUGGGCAUGCAAGAACUAUGACGGUGAUGUGCAGUCAGAUAUCAUUGCCCAAGGGUUUGGCUCUCUGGGAUUAAUGACUAGUGUGCUCUUGUGUCCCGAUGGCAAGACUGUAGAAGCAGAAGCUGCCCACGGCACAGUGACUAGGCACUACAGGGAACACCAGAAGGGAAAGAAAACAAGUACGAACCCCAUCGCCAGCAUAUUUGCGUGGACCCGUGGACUAGAACAGAGGGCCAAGUUAGACAACAACAGUGAUCUCAAAAAGUUUUGUACAGCUCUAGAACAUGCAUGUGUCGAAACUGUUGAGUCCGGCAAAAUGACCAAAGAUUUGGCUGGUUGCAUUCAUGGGAUCAAGAAUGUCAAGGAAAGUGACUACCUGCACACCAUGGACUUCCUUGAAGCCAUCACAGAGAACCUUAACAAGAAGCUAAAAUGAUUGGUUCUUCAUCUUUUACCGAGGUUGCUAAUAAAGCUGUUCUCUAGUA